AUGGCCUUCUUAAGACCUACAAAUUAUCUAUUCGUUCUCUGGGCAUAUCUAAUCGUGUUCCUCUCUUCUAAUAUUAAUGCUGCUCCUGAGGCUUCUUUAGUGACAAAACUCCCUGGUUUUAAUGGCACUUUCCCUUCAAAACAUUACUCCGGAUAUGUGACAUUGGAUACAAAACCUUCAAAGCAUCUAUUUUAUUACUUCGUUGUGUCGGAAAGAAAUCCAGCAAAGGAUCCGGUGGUACUGUGGCUCAAUGGCGGACCUGGUUGUUCUAGUUUCGAUGGAUUUGUUUACGAACAUGGACCUUUCAAUUUUGAAGAAGGAAAUAAAAAAGGGGAUUUGCCAAUCUUGCGUCUCAAUCCCUAUAGCUGGUCUAAGGUCUCAAACAUCAUAUAUUUGGAUUCACCAUCUGGGGUUGGAUUUUCAUACCCUUUACUUCCCGCAAGUGAUUCGCAAACCGCCAUUGAUUCUCACGAAUUUCUCCUCAAGUGGUUCGAGCUAUAUCCAGAGUUUCAAGCCAAUCCAUUUUAUAUAAGCGGAGAAUCUUGGGCUGGAGUUUACGUCCCCACACUCACGGCUGAAGUCGACAAAGGAAUAAGAGAUGGUGCUAAACCUAAAAUCAACUUGAAGGGUUAUUUGGUUGGAAAUGGAGUUACCGAGUCAGAUGCUGACGGAGAUUCUUCCCUUAUCACCUUUUUACAUGGGAUGGCCUUGAUUUCCGACAAACUUUUCAAGGCAUCGGAAGCAGAAAUUUGCUUAAGCAAUGGCAACCAGCAGCAAGGUGACGUGAACAACUGCGAGUCGACAUGGUCAAAAAUUGAGACUGCGAAGGAGUUUUUGAACGUUUAUGACAUAUUGGAACCAUGUUACCAUGGUGAUGAAUCAGCACAACAAAGCAACGCAAGCUCAUCACCAUUAUUGAAGAGAUUUCAUGAGUUGGGGAAGAGUAACAAAAGGGCUUUGCCGGUUAGAAACAGGAUGUUUGGAAGGGCAUGGCCUUAUCGAGCUCACCGUGUUAGGGGUGGUAAAGUCCCAACUUGGCCACAAAUGACGCAAUCGGCCCGAGCUCAGGGAGUACAAGUUCCUUGCGUCAAUGAUGAAGUAGCAACUAGAUAUCUGAACGAUCCAACAGUUAGAAAGGCCAUUCAUGCUAGCCCGAGAGUUGAAAGUUGGAACUUAUGCGUCGACUUGGAUUACGAUAGUGAUUUAGGGAGCAUGAUCCCUUUCCACAAAAACCUUACUGCCAAAGGAUAUCCAGCACUCAUUUACAGUGGGGAUCAUGAUAUGUGUGUGCCAUACACCGGAACCCAAGAAUGGACAGCCGAUCUGGGUUACGAAAUCAUCGACGAAUGGAGACCUUGGUUCACUAAUGACCAAGUUGCUGGGUACUUACAAGGAUACACCCAUAAUUUGACAUUCCUCACCAUAAAGGGGGCAGGUCACACGGUGCCAGAGUACAAGCCAAGUGAAUCAUUGUACUUCUAUGAUAGUUGGCUUCAGGGAAACAAAAUUUAG